AGCGAGAGGAGGGAGGGGAGUGGUGGAAAAAGCCGCCCGGGACCCCCUUCCUCCUCAGGGCGGGGCCGGCGCCCCCGGGCUCCCCAGCCCCGGCUGUCCCGGGGGUGCGGAGGGGAGCGGGGGGCCGGCGAGAUAGCCCUGCACCCCUCCAUCGCCGGGGUCCCGCUUGCGGGGAGCGAAACCCUUCGGUCUCUCCCCCUUCUUCUCUCCCCUCCCUCCUCCCUCCCUCCUUCCUUCCUUCCUUCUCCAGGCUUGGCUCGGGGAGGGAGGGGGGCUCUGCCUGCAGUUUGCUUUCACGCCUGCCCGCCCGGGCGACGCCGGGUUCCCGCCUGACCCCCCCCGGCCCCCCCCGGCCGCCCCCCGGCCGCCCCCCGCGCCCCCCGGGCCAGGUGAGGCUGCGCUGCCGUCCCUUUCGGAUGUAGGCAGGCGAGACCCCGGAUGGAUUUCGGGAGCGUCAUGAACCAGGCUGUGACCCCCUGCUCCCCUGCUGUCAACUAUGAGCUGCCAUCCCCGGGGGAGAGCAUCACGAAGCAGGUAAAUGCCCUGGAUGCCACAAAAUCCUCCAGAAGUGGGCAGUCACGCCGCAAAACGUCCAGGAGCAUGAGCCUGACGGCAGCCAUGGAGAGCAGCUGCGAGCUGGACCUGGUGUACAUCACGGAGCGGAUCAUCGCCGUCUCCUACCCCAGCACGGCUGAGGAGCAGAGCUUCUGCAACAACCUCCGCGAGGUGGCCCACAUGCUGAAGUCCAAGCAUGGGGACAACUAUGUGCUUUUCAACCUCUCUGAGCGGAGACAUGAUGUGAGCAAACUUCACCCCAAGGUGCUGGAUUUUGGGUGGCCUGACCUACAUACCCCGGCACUGGAGAAGAUCUGCAGCAUUUGCAAAGCCAUGGACACAUGGCUCAAUGCGGCGACGCACAACGUGGUGGUGCUGCACAACAAGGGGAACCGUGGCCGGCUGGGGGUUGUGGUGGCUGCUUACAUGCACUACAGCAACAUCUCGGCCAGUGCGGACCAGGCUCUGGAUAGGUUUGCCAUGAAGCGCUUCUAUGAGGACAAAGUGGUGCCAGUGGGACAGCCAUCCCAGAAGAGAUACAUUAAUUACUUCAGUGGGCUCCUCUCCGGCAGCAUCAAGAUGAACAACAAGCCCCUCUUCCUGCACCACGUCAUCAUGCACGGCAUCCCCAACUUUGAGUCAAAAGGCGGUUGUCGGCCAUUCCUGAAAAUCUACCAGGCCAUGCAGCCCGUCUACACUUCGGGGAUCUACAACGUGCAAGGAGACAGCCAGACAGGCAUCUGCAUUACCAUUGAGCCUGGUUUGCUCCUCAAGGGCGAUAUCUUGCUGAAGUGUUACCACAAGAAGUUUCGCAGCCCGACCCGUGACGUGAUCUUCCGUGUGCAGUUCCACACGUGCGCUGUGCAUGACCUUGACGUUGUCUUUGGCAAGGAGGACCUGGACGAGGCCUUCAGAGAUGACCGCUUCCCCGAGUAUGGGAAGGUGGAGUUUGUGUUCUCCUAUGGCCCCGAGAAGAUCCAAGGCAUGGAGCACCUGGAGAAUGGGCCCAGUGUCUCUGUGGACUACAACACAUCUGACCCGCUUAUCCGGUGGGAUUCCUAUGAGAACUUCAACAUCCAGCGUGAGGAGAGCACAGAGGGUGCCUGGGCUGAGCCACCCCUGCCUGGCAAGCACCUGGAGAAAGAGGUUGGGCACACGCAAGGGCCUCUGGACGGGAGCCUCUACGCUAAAGUGAAGAAGAAAGACUCCCUCCACGGCAGCACCAGCGCUGUCAACGCCACCCGCCUCCCGCUCUCAGCAGCGCCCAACCACGUCGAGCACACGCUCUCGGUGAGCAGUGACUCGGGCAACUCCACUGCCUCCACCAAGACUGACCGGACCGAUGAGCCGGGGGUGCCCGGGGUGCCCGGCGGCCAGGCAGUGCUGAGCCCCGAGGAGAAGCGGGAGCUGGAUCGUCUCCUUGUUGGCUUUGGCUUGGAGAACGCGCCGCCCAUGCACAACCACGCACCCGGCCCUGUGCCGGCACGCCUGCCCACCAUGCCGGGCCGCCACGUGGUGCCAGCUCAGGUGCACGUUAAUGGGAAUGCUGCUGCGCUGGUGACCGAGCGGGAGACCGACAUCUUGGAUGAUGAGUUGCCCAACCAGGAUGGGCACAGUGUGGGCAGCCUGGGCACACUCUCUUCCUUGGAUGGCACCACCACUGCCAGCGAGGCUGGCUACCAGGAUGCCCCCCGGGUGGGCAGCCUCUCCUCCCUGCCCAAUGGCCCCUCGAGCUACAAUGGGGCUGAGAAGCUGCUGAAGGAUGGGCUGUACGAUGGUGAGCCGCUCUCCAACGGCGGCUACUCUUACAACAACCAGAAUGCUCUGAUGGGCCACCACCUCCGUGACCCGCUGUCUCCCUUGCGGCCCUCAGCGUCCACUCAGGACCACCUGGCUGGUUACCCGCAGCGCCCGCCGGGCUCCCAUGCCCCGGGCUGGCUCCAGCCCCAGCCGAUGCCUGGCUCCCAGCCCUACCUGUACAGCUACGACCACUCUGGCGCCUACCGCUCCAGAUCAUUCCCAGCCGUGGACACGACCAAGUAUGACCCAAGCCCGGCGCAGCCCCAGGCCCCAGCUCGCAGCACCAGCAGCCGAGAGGCUGUGCAGAGGGGCUUGAAUUCCUGGCAGCAGCAAGGAGGGAGCCGGCCACCUUCCCGGCUGCAGGAAGGCGGCAUGGAGAGCCACAGCCCCAGCAUCUCCAGCUGCAGCCCCCAGCCCAGCCCACUGCAGCCGGUGCCCCCUCACAGCCACAGCAUGCCGGAAUUCCCCCGGGCGCCCUCUCGCCGGGAGAUUGAGCAGUCCAUCGAAGCACUCGAUGUCCUCAUGCUGGACCUUGCACCCACUGUCCACAAGUCACAGAGCGUGCCUGCUGCCUCCCGCCAGGAGAAGCCGGCGGGGCCCCUGCUCUCCUCCCGCUCAGCUCAGCCCAUUGCCGGUCUCUAUGCCCGGCCGACUCCACAAGUGGUCCAGCCGAGGUCCUUCGGCAGCUCUGUGAGCCCUGUGGUCUCCGAGCCGGGGGGCAAAGCCUGUUCUUCCAGUGAGCCGGACUAUGGGGUUCGUGAAUACCGGGAAACCUAUUCACCCUACAGCUACCAGCCAGGACCAGUGCCGGAGCCAAGGAGCUACAGCCAUGCCCCAGCUGGAGAGCCAGUGGGCAUCCUCCCACUCAGCACUUCCUACAGCCCUGGGGGGUCUCAGCAGCUCGUGUCCUCCCUGCCUCCCCCCACCGUCCUGCCACAAACCCAGAUGCCCCCCAAGGGACUGGACAGCUACGAAGACCUGUCGAGGUCAGCAGAAGAGCCCUUGAAUCUGGAGGGCCUGGUGGCCCACAGGGUGGCAGAGUACAACGCCAAGCUCAGGGAACUCAACAAGAGCACCAAAGUCCCCCGUCCUCCUCUGAACCAGCAACGGUCCUUCUCCGGGGUGCAGAACCGGGAGAAGCCACUGGAGGAGAGCACCGUCCCUGCCCGCAAGCGGACUCCCAGUGACAGCCACUAUGAGAAGAGCUCGCCUGAGCCCAGCUCGCCCCGCAGCCCCACCGUCCUCUCACCUGAGGUUGUUAGCACCAUCGCGGCCAACCCUGGAGGGAGGCCCAAAGAGCCUCACCUCCACAGCUACAAGGAAGCCUUUGAAGAAAUGGAGGGUGCCUCCCCCACCAGCCCACCCUCCAGCGGCGGUGAGAUUUCUCCCCCCACCCCAGCCUUCCCUGUCUCGCCACAAACCCCUUACUCCAACUCCUUGCGUUCUCCCCCUGGUCUGGCCAAGACCCCGCUCUCAGCGCUGGGACUGAAACCCCACAACCCAGCCGAGAUCCUGCUGCAUCCAGUGGGAGAGCUAGAAGGGGAGGUGGGUGGUGGCUCUGAAGAAGAGCCCAGGAGCUACGUUGAGUCAGUGGCCCGCACAGCCACGACGGGCAGGGGAGGAACCCUGCCUGCCACCCAGCCCGGGGGCCCAGAGGUGCCUGCCAGGAAUGGCACCUUUGCCAACUCCUUCACUGCCCCCAGCCCCAUCUCCACCAGCAGCCCUAUUCACAGCGUGGACGGGGCCUCUCUCCGCAGCUACCCAUCAGAGGGUAGCCCCCACAGUACGGUUACACCUCCCCACACCUCGGCUGAGCCUAUUUAUCGAUCGCCUGUUGGCUCGCAGAUGCCCUCUGCUCACAGCAGCUAUCAAAACUCGUCUCCAUCUUCCUUUGCAAUGGUCCAAGGUGGGGUACCGGGCUUGACGUACAACAGCCCCGACUACCCUGAUGGCCGAGCCGGCCUCCAGCCAGACCCCCAAGCUCGGGCGCAGCCGCAGGUCAACAUGGUGGGAGCCCAUGUGCUGCCGGGGAGCCCCCGUGCCUUGCACCGGACAGUGGCUACCAACACGCCGCCCAGCCCUGGCUUCGGCCGAAGAGCUGUCAAUCCCAGCGUGAGCGGUGCUCCGGGCAGUCCCGGGCUGGGCAGACACGCCACAGUGGUCCAGGGCAACCUGGUGGUCCCACCAGGGAGCCCCAGUCUGGCCAGACAUCAAGCCAUGGCGGCUGUGCCCCCUGGCAGCCCUCUGUAUGGCUACCCCAGCCUGGAGGAGAGACACCAAACGCUGUCUCGGCAGAGCAGCUCCUCUGGCUACCAGCCUCCCUCCACGCCGUCCUUCCCUGUCUCUCCGGCGUACUACCCCGGCACGAGCACACCGCACUCCUCCUCCCCGGACUCGGCUGCCUACCACCAGGGCAGCCCCACGCCGCAGCCUGCGCUGCCUGAGAAGCGGCGGAUGUCAGCUGGGGACCGCUCCAACAGCCUGCCCAACUAUGCCACCAUCAACGGCAAGGCAUCCUCGCCCCUCUCCAGUGGCAUGUCCAGCCCCAGCUGUGGGAGCACUGUUACCUUCUCCCACACCCUACCAGACUUCUCCAAGUUCUCCAUGCCAGACAUCAGCCCUGAGACUCGUGCCAAUGUCAAGUUUGUGCAGGACACUUCCAAGUACUGGUACAAACCGGAGAUCUCCAGGGAGCAAGCCAUUGCGCUGCUGAAGGACAAGGAGCCAGGGGCUUUCAUCAUCCGAGACAGCCACUCCUUCCGGGGAGCCUACGGCCUCGCCAUGAAAGUAGCUUCUCCGCCUCCCACAGUCAUGCAGCAGAACAAGAAAGGAGACAUCACCAACGAGCUGGUGAGGCACUUCCUCAUUGAGACCAGCCCGCGGGGUGUGAAACUAAAAGGAUGCCCCAACGAGCCAAAUUUUGGCUGCCUCUCAGCUCUGGUUUACCAGCACUCCAUCAUGCCCUUGGCCCUGCCCUGCAAACUUGUCAUUCCUGACCGAGAUCCCAUGGAGGAAAAGAAAGAUACUGCUUCGGCCACCAACUCAGCCACAGACCUUCUCAAACAGGGUGCGGCCUGCAAUGUCCUCUUCAUCAAUUCGGUGGAGAUGGAGUCACUGACGGGCCCCCAGGCCAUUGCAAAGGCCGUUGCUGAGACGCUGGUGGCUGACCCCACACCUACUGCUACCAUCGUCCACUUCAAAGUCUCUGCACAAGGCAUCACCUUAACGGACAACCAGAGGAAGUUGUUCUUCCGACGCCACUACCCCCUCAACACUGUCACCUUCUGUGACCUGGACCCCCAGGAGCGAAAGUGGACUAAAACUGAUGGCAGUGGCCCAGCCAAGCUCUUUGGCUUUGUGGCCAGAAAGCAAGGGAGCACCACAGACAACAUCUGCCACCUCUUUGCUGAGCUAGACCCAGACCAGCCAGCUGCAGCCAUUGUCAACUUUGUCUCCAGGGUCAUGCUUGGCUCCAGCCAGAAGAGAUGAGCUGGUGCUUGCGGGUGAUCCUUGAAUUUUGGAGAAGGACUUGGAGCUGAUCCGAGAAGGAGUGCGAGGAAGUGCAUUGUGGGAGAGGGAAGUGAAUUGGGGGGGAAAAGGGUUGGAAUUUUGGAGGAAAACAGCAAAUAACAAAAAAAAACCCCAACGAAACCCCUAAAAACUCAACACAAGCCAAACACACACACAUAGAGGAACCAAAGCCACGCACCUACGUUAAAGCCACAAAGCCACGCCAGACAGGAUGCAUCACGUCCCAGUGCCUGGAAGGUGACCCAAGAAAAGGUGGCAGCAAGAGGCAUGUUCCCAGCUUUCAGCAUCACGGUCCUGAGCGGUGACAUCCACUUGGGAUGGAACGUGGGACCAUGACUGGUGUUUUCCAUCUGAAAAAAAAAGAGACAACUGGCAAAACCCGUGGAAGAAGCUCAGCUCCAGCAGCUCCAUUGGUGAACAUCUGCUGCAUGUUUGAAACAACCUGUAGGAGAUAACUUGGGCUGAAUCUGCAGGAUACUGGAGUAGAUGCCCUUGGAAACUUUCCCUUGCCUGGCUGUAGCAGAGGGUCAUCACCAGCCCCCACACUUUUCCCAAAACCUCUCAGCUGCCUGGCAACUUACUGGGGGCAUGGGGGGCUUUGUCCUGAGCCUUCCCUUUCCUGGAGAGCUUGGAGGUGGGCUGACCUCUGUUGCUGACCUAGACCCCAGUGUCGGUCUCAGGUGAGCUAUUGUGAGUCCACCCAGAAAGGGGUGUCAUGGCAUUUCCCCACCUCCCCGGGGGUGCUUGUGCCCCUCAGCUCAUGGGGAGGUGUGGGGGGGGGCUUCUGCCACCCUACGCCUGGGAAGGCCGAUGCUCCUUAGGAGCCUCCUGGGAGGAUGCAGAAAAUCGCUUCCUCCUUGUCUUCCCCUUUGCCCUCCCAUCACUAGUCCUCUUUGGCAAUUUUCUCCUGCGGCCUGUCACGUGUUCUCUUAACACAAAAGAAAACCAAAACAGAAGGGGUGGAAAAACAAUGUAAUAAUAAUAAUAAUAAUUAUAAUAAUAGCAGAUGCUGGCACAGGUGGGUUCCCUGUGUGAAGCAGCAGACCUGUGGCUACCCCCAUCUCGCUCUUCGGAGACGCGCAAGCGGUUUUUGAAUUGCAUGGACCUUCAAGUUGCACGAAAGGCAAAUGACUACAAGUAUCUCAGGCGCUUUUUUCUCCUUUUAUUUUGGAGGCCACGUUAAAAAAAAGAGGGAAGAAAAUUAUUUAAAAAAACCCACCAAACAAAACCACAAAAAAACCCCAAACAAAACAGGAGAGGAUCUGUGGUCACUGGGCAGCUUUGGCUCAGUGGGGAGGUGACAGGUCCUCUGAGAGCCACCCUCCUCGGCACGUGUGUACCCCCAAGACCGGCUGGCUGGUGGCUGCACUGUAGUUUUGCAGUGGCUUUGGUGCCCUUGGUUUUUCUCUUUUGCUUCAGGAGGUGAGAACGGCCAGCUGGGGCAUGAAAGGGGCAAAGGGCCCCUGUGCCACUGCAGUGGGGGGAGACAGUGGUUGGAGGGCAGCAAGCAGAGGUCCCAGCCCUGCAGUGCUGGGUUCAGGGGGGGGUACAGAGAAUGCUUCAGUCACACGUGCAGGUCCAUGGUGGGAGGAAUGGUCAUUACUGAGCUUUUUGCUGCAAAUACCCCCUGAGAGCUCUUUGGGAGAAGUUUUCAGUGCAAAGUGGCCCAGAUAGUUUAUUUGGGGCAAAAAUUAGAAACAUAGCACUGCAGCCCCCUCCCCACCCCAGAAGGCUUACCUCCCUUGGACCGCCUUUGCCUUGAUAACUAUAAUAUAUAUAUGAGCUAUACUGAUGAAAUACUGUAAGCUAACAAAAUUUUAUGGAGGAAAAAAAGGUUGAAUUUACACUCUGGAAAUAUUUAUUUUUUGCCAUAUUGCUUUCUGUGCAUCAUAUCUCCCCCAUUAUAUCUGCUAUCCCUCCUCCCUUCCUCUGCCCCAGGGAAACACCUGCACGUUAAAAGAUAAUCCAUUGCAAGGAAAAAUAAGGAUGGGGGAAGAGGCACGGGGGUCCCCCCAUGUUGGGGCGGCGUGUGUGUGACCGGUGUGCGUGUGUGUGUGUGUGCGUGGGGGAGCACGUGGGGUGGGCGCCCGGAGGCUGGACUCAUGGACUGAAGCGAGUGUGAAAGGAUGUGUAGUGAGGAGUUGGUUGUGAGAUGGUGGCGGGAUGGAGGGUUCUGGGUGGGGGGCUUUCCCCCCUCCUUGGCUCCCCAACCCCACUGAUGCGGAGACCUUUUAAUUUUUGAUGUUUCCAAAAAGAGAUUCCCUCCUUCUGCGAAAUUCAAGUGAGAUGAGAGAUGAUCUCACCCGUAAUCUCCUCACCCUGCCGUUCAACGAUUAGAGAAAACACUGUGUUUAUAGAUAGAUAAAGAUAUAUUUUUUGAAAGCCUCUAUUUUUCAGACUUGGUUUUCUCACUGCUAAGGAAAGAUAUGAUAAUAAUGUAAUUUUAUUUUAAUCUGCUGCCUUGGAAACUGGUGCUUGAAAUUCCCAUUCCUCAUUUUCUCCCCGUACCAACAAAGCAGAUCUAAGCACCCCGAGAUGUCACGCAGAAGCUGACCCCAGCAGAUCCUGCUUGCUUUGGGCCCUGGGCCGCUCACGGCUUCCCCACUAACCCACUACCUGAAGAUUUAGACCGUAUCCAAAUCUCAAACACUAACAAAGUCAUCUGAUGAUUAUACUUUUUUUAACACAGAGCUUAAUCACCAUAUAAUGAUGUAGCCGGGUGUUUGUCAGCUCCCUUAAAGGCACUUGCCCCCCCCCCCACCCC